AUACCCCGUCAGUCCAUCGCUUGUCCUCUCCAUGUGAAAUAAAAGCCCAGUCUGAACUUCCGUCGCCGCGGUGUCCCCCGCUGAUGGAGAAGGGGACCCGGGGGCCGGCGGGGGCCACCGGCGAGGAACCGCGCCGCGCGUCUCCCCCGCGAUCCCGGCCCUGAUCUCGGAGUUCUGCGACACCUGGAGGAUCCAGAUCGGGUGCCGGGGUGGGGGCGGGGGCAGGGGCUGCGAAAGCUACCCCAAGCCUUGAAAAAAAAAAAAGAAAAGAAAGAAAAAGUAUCGGGGUGGGGAGGAAUGGGUUUCUUCUUGACAGCUGACGGAGCCUUGAAAUUUUCCUCCACUGCCUCCGCCGCCGCCCCCGCCCCGGCCCCCCGCACUCCAUUUAACGUGAGAUUAUGAAAUUGCAGAGGCGGUGGAGGGAAGGAGACGGGAUAUAACGGGAGUUUAGAGGGGAAGGUGGCUGGCCUGGUGGCUGAAAUAAAAAAUCCAAUUGCGCACUGGGUUGUGAUGAGAAAUCUAAUCAGAUCGUCUUUGGCGAAGGGGCCGGCCGGAAGGGUGGCGAGCGGGGGGAGUUGAUCCCCAAAUUCUUUGAAGGGGAGGCUGGGGAGAGGAACUGACCAUGUAAAAAGGAGACUUUUUUGGUGGCGGUGGCUGUCGGGUGCCUUGCAAACACGAAGGAUGCGGGACGCAGCUUUCUCUCGGAGCCGAAUGCGGUGGAUAAACUGCUCUAAAGGAGGAGGAACGAAGCUUUUUCUUGCGAGACCUGGAUCUGAAAACAAAUGUGUAUAUGUGCACACGGGGAACCUUUAAAAAAUGAAAUAAACCAGUGUUAGACCCGCGGGGGUCGGUGUGUUCUGACAUAAAUAAAUAAUAUUCAAACAGCUGCCCCCUUCCCCCAAAAGGAUGGUUGGAAAUGGAGAACCCAGGAUCCACAAAGAAAAAGUAUGUCCGUGUAUUCUCCAUAAAGGAGAAAGUAAGCCAAGGAGAUAUUUUUGGAAUGAAAAGUUUGGGGCUUUUUUAGGAAAGUAAAGACCUGAUACGGUGGUGUUUUCUUUUUGAAUUUCCCACAAGAGGAGAGGAAAUUAAUAAUAUAUCUGCAAAGAAAUGUCAGAGAAGAAAAGUUGACCGCGGCAGGAUGAAGCAUGGAUUGGGGGAGCCAAAGCAGCAGAGCACAGUUGGAUUUGUGCCUGUGUUGACUGAAAUUGAAGGAUAAUUGCAGUUGGAUUUUUCUUCAUCAACCUUUUUUUUUUUUUUUUUUGGUGUCAAGAUCAUGCAUUUUCUCUUGUUCUUUACCACCUGGAUUUCCAUCUGGAUGUUGCUGUGAUCAGUCUGAAAUACACCAAUGAGCAAAUGACGCCUGCUCUAAAUGUCCUUCCUGACGCUCACCCCAUCUCCACUGUUGCCCUGGUCAACUUCUCAUUUAUCCCACUUUAUUGAAAGUGCUGAUAAGACUGUUUGAACUCCAGAAGGACCAACACCAGAUAAAUUAUGAAUGUUGAACAAGAUGACCUUACAUCCACAGCAGAUAAUGAUAGGUCCUAGGUUUAACAGGGCCCUAUUUGACCCCCUGCUUGUGGUGCUGCUGGCUCUUCAGCUUCUGGUGGUGGCUGGUUUGGUGCGGGCUCAGACCUGCCCUUCUGUGUGCUCCUGCAGCAACCAGUUCAGCAAGGUGAUUUGCGUUCGCAAGAACCUGCGUGAGGUUCCAGAUGGCAUCUCCACCAACACACGGCUGCUGAACCUUCAUGAGAACCAAAUCCAGAUCAUCAAAGUGAACAGCUUCAAGCACUUGAGGCACCUGGAAAUCCUACAGUUGAGUAGGAACCAUAUUAGAACCAUUGAAAUUGGGGCCUUCAAUGGUCUGGCCAACCUCAACACUCUGGAACUCUUUGACAAUCGUCUUACUACCAUCCCAAAUGGGGCUUUUGUAUAUUUGUCUAAACUGAAGGAGCUCUGGUUGCGAAAUAACCCCAUUGAGAGCAUCCCUUCUUAUGCUUUCAACAGGAUUCCUUCUUUGCGCCGAUUAGACUUGGGGGAAUUGAAAAGACUUUCAUACAUCUCAGAAGGUGCCUUUGAAGGUCUGUCCAACUUGAGGUAUUUGAACCUUGCCAUGUGCAACCUCCGGGAAAUCCCUAACCUCACACCACUCAUAAAACUAGAUGAGUUAGAUCUUUCUGGGAAUCAUUUAUCUGCCAUUAGGCCUGGUUCUUUCCAGGGGUUGAUGCACCUUCAAAAACUGUGGAUGAUACAGUCCCAGAUUCAAGUGAUUGAAAGAAAUGCCUUUGAUAACCUUCAAUCACUAGUGGAGAUCAACCUGGCACACAACAAUCUAACGUUACUGCCUCAUGACCUCUUCACACCCCUGCACCAUCUAGAGCGGAUACACUUACAUCACAACCCUUGGAACUGUAACUGUGACAUACUGUGGCUCAGCUGGUGGAUAAAAGACAUGGCUCCCUCCAAUACAGCUUGUUGUGCCCGGUGUAACACUCCUCCCAAUCUAAAAGGGAGGUACAUUGGGGAGCUUGACCAGAAUUACUUCACAUGCUAUGCCCCAGUGAUCGUGGAGCCCCCUGCAGACCUCAAUGUCACUGAAGGCAUGGCAGCUGAGCUGAAAUGUCGGGCCUCCACAUCACUGACGUCUGUAUCUUGGAUUACUCCAAAUGGAACAAUUAUGACGCAUGGGGCAUACAAAGUGCGGAUAGCUGUGCUCAGCGAUGGUACGUUAAACUUCACGAAUGUAACCGUGCAAGAUACAGGCAUGUACACAUGUAUGGUGAGUAAUUCCGUUGGAAACACUACUGCUUCAGCCACCCUGAAUGUUACUGCAGCAACCACUACUCCCUUCUCUUACUUUUCAACCGUAACAGUAGAGACUAUGGAACCUUCUCAGGAUGAGGCGCGGACCACAGAUAACAAUGUGGGUCCCACUCCAGUGAUCGACUGGGAGACCACCAACGUGACCACCUCUCUUAUGCCACAGAGCACAAGGUCCACAGAAAAGACAUUCACCAUCCCAGUGACUGAUAUAAAUAGUGGGAUCCCAGGAAUCGAUGAGGUCAUGAAGACGACCAAAAUCAUCAUUGGGUGUUUUGUGGCCAUCACACUCAUGGCAGCAGUGAUGCUGGUAAUCUUCUACAAGAUGAGGAAGCAGCACCAUCGGCAAAACCAUCAUGCCCCAACAAGGACUGUUGAAAUCAUUAAUGUGGAUGAUGAGAUUGCAGGGGACACACCUAUGGAGAGCCACCUGCCCAUGCCUGCUAUUGAGCAUGAGCACCUGAAUCAUUAUAACUCUUACAAAUCUCCCUUCAACCACACAACAACCGUUAACACAAUAAAUUCAAUACACAGUUCAGUGCAUGAACCGUUAUUGAUCCGAAUGAACUCUAAAGACAAUGUACAAGAGACUCAAAUCUAAAACAGAGUUACAGAAAAACAAUAAAAAAAAGACAGUUUAUUAAAAAUGACACAAAUGACUGGGCUAAAUCUACUGUUUCAAAAAAGUGUCUUUACAAAAAAAACAAAAAAGAAAAGAAAUUUAUUUAUUAAAAAUUCUAUUGUGAUCUAAAGCAGACAAAAUUAUGUGUAUUCCUCAGAACCUGUUUUUGCUGCACUAUUUUCCCACAUCUCGUCUCUCCCUUCCCCGAUUGCCAUAUUUUUCAUAGGAGAUCUCAAUUCCCUAAAGAACUGGUCUAGGAAAAUUUUGUAAGAAUUCUGUUAUACUUUGAGAUUUUUAUGGUGACUACUAGUGGUGAGAUCCAGUCUAUUUUGUCUCUCUUUUAUUAAUUUUUUUUCUUUUUCCCUCAUACUCUUAUGAAGUAGUCCAAUGGGGAAUGCAAUAUUAGAAAUAGAUUUUUAAGAGAGAACGAGGGAAAAAAAUGCAAGAUCUUAUAUUUUUCAUGCAAUGAUCUGUUCUGUAUUUAUGAGGAGGACCAUUCUAUGGAGAAGAAAACAAAAAAAGCAAACACAGAUUAAUUUACAUAUGAGCAUCUAUAAAACCCAUGACUUUUAAACAACUCUAGAACCAGAAUUUGUAGUUUGAAAGCUAAAAAUAAGAUUAUAAAUAAAAUAUUGUUGGUUUUU